AGUGAUGGGGAGAGCAUUGGUAACUGUCCAUUCUCUCAGAGGCUCUUCAUGAUCCUGUUACUUAAAGGAGUCGUCUUCAAUGUCACCACCGUCGACCUCAAGCGGAAGCCUGCUGACCUGCAGGACCUCGCUCCAGGAACCAACCCCCCUUUUGUGACCUUUAACGGUGAGGUCAAGGUCGACGUCAACAAGAUAGAGGAGUUCCUGGAGGAGAAACUGACCCCACCACGUUACCCAAAAUUGGCUCCAAAACAUCGUGAGGCCAACACAGCUGGCAUCGAUGUCUUCGCCAAGUUCUCAGCUUACAUCAAGAACCCAAGAAAAGACACCAAUGAUGCCUUAGAGAAAGCCUUGCUGAAGUCUCUCAGGCGUCUCGAUGAAUUCCUGAGGACUCAACUAUCUGAUGAGAUCGAUGCUGAUGCUGAAGGAGACCUGCCUGAGUCCACCAGGAGCUUCCUAGAUGGGCCUGAGCUCAGUCUGGCUGACUGCAACCUGCUGCCUAAACUACACAUCCUGAAGGUUGUGGCAAAGAAAUACCGUGGGUUUCAGAUCCCAGCAGAGAUGACAGGGGUUUGGCGGUAUUUAAACUGCGCCUACGAGAGGGACGAGUUCACCAGCACCUGCCCAGCUGAGAGGGAGAUCGAGUUUGCCUAUCUGGAUGUUGCAAAACGAAUCAAAUAAGGAGAAGAACGUACACACUGUACGAAACUAAACUAAAACUGAUACUAAAACAUCUGUUAACUCUAUAUAUCUCUACAGUGUGUGUGUGUGUGUGUGUGUGUGUGUGUGUGUGUGUGUGUGUGUGUGUGUGUGUGUGUGUGUGUGUGUGUGUGUGUGUGUGUGUGCGUUCACAGGUUGGACUGCACAGUGAUCUGUUGUAUCUUUAUACUAAUCAUAUAACAAAUAAUGAUGAUAUUAACAGAAAUUAGAGGUUUGCUUGCAGAAUUCAUUUUUCAUUUUUUCAGACAAUGGCCGGACCAGUAACACAACACAUAUAACAAACAUUACCUACCAGUACUACUGUAUCAGUUUUUACCUAAUGUUUUUUUUUUUUUUUUUUAAGUAUAACAAUUACCACCUGACCCAUAGCCAUUAAAAUAUAAAUAAGGCUGAGAUCUAACUUUAUUGAUUUUUUUUGUGACACAUUUCUGUUAUAGAGAGCAUCAGUCACAACGUAUUAUCAGUUAUGGCCCCUCAAUAAUUGGCAUAAAAGAAUGAUUUCAUAUUUUUGGGAACUGUACUCUUUUACUUCCUUGACUAGCUUUAGAUGAGAAGAUUGAUACCACCCUCAUGCAGAGCCAGAGCUGGAGGCGGAUUACUUAAGCUUAGCAUAAGAAGUAGAAGCAGCAGGAAAGAGCAGGCCUGGAUCAGUCAUGCCUGGAAGUCACUAACCCAGCCAAGAAAUUCUUCCAGCAUAUUUCUUUUUGAGCUUGGAUUAAAAAACAAGAUCUAAUGUAUUAAUUAGUGAGCUUUAGAGGGUCUGCUAGCUGCAUUUUAUUACAUUUGGAAUUUUCCUUGAAGCCUAAAGUAACACAUGUUGCUUUGUGGAAAAUGCCAGUCAAAACCUAAAGACAUAACUGAAUAUAACACCUUUACAUUUAUUUGGAGAAAGUGUUCAUUGUGUUAUGAUCCUCACUCUGAAGUCUAGUAUUAAAAACAUGAUCUGAUGACUUCUGUCUUGAUGUUAAUGAUCAAAUAGUUAUAUAGUCAAAAGUGUAUAAUGUCAAGGCUCAGAGCUUUUUCUAUGUGUACAUUUUAUAAACAUGUGUACUCUUUAUAUUGAUACUAUUGAUGCAAUUCUUUUGUAUCUGAUGCUACUGACUGAGGCUGAGUGUGGACAGGUCUUGGUGCUGGUUGGUUUAUCUAGUGUUAGAGACAUUUUGUAGUUCAAAAAAGACCAUCACUGUGUCAUUUAUCCAAAGUCACCUCGUUACCCUCAUCUUGUCUACUUGGGUUUAUAGUCCGUCUGUUGUAGUAUCCACCAUUUCCAGGACAACAGAAAGUUGCAUUCAUGUCAUAUAUGAAUUACCUUUAUUAGUUAAAAAAUGAGCUAAAUCGUCAUUUAAACUUCAAAAAAAUCACUUGUUUAAUUGUUGUUGAGAUGUGGUUUUGUAUGUUUUUUGUGAAUCAUCAGAAGUGAAGAAGUGUUAUCUGAACAUAACCAACCCUAACACCAGCCUUACAUCCUCUCUGGGGAGAUUCUUUAUUAAACUGAUUUUA